AGACUUCCGAGCCGAGAGCAUUUGAAUUCCAAUUUUUCUGCCAGUUGAUUUAAAAUAGUAAACCGAGGAAAAAUAUGACAAAAUAUGUAUUUAAACAAUUGGGUAUUGUACAUUCAAGGGAAAUUGUGGAUCGAAGAACUCUGCGUGGCAGCGGCUUAGUGGAGGCCCACUUAAAACAGGGAUAAUUCUAAUUUCUAAUUAAAGAACCCCGACUGACUGCUAGGCGGUUUAUUUUGGAACAACGGAAUUCUCAGAUUGGUGAACAAGAAGGGCUGAAGCUUUGCAUCUCAUUGGUGGUACUAAUUGGAGGGAGUCCACAGUAGGCUAUGGAUUCUGCACAUUUGGGCAUUUCUGCAAAGCCCAUGACAUGGGUGGUUCACCUAUUGGGCUUGGCAGUCAGUGUCCUGGUGCUUGUCUGGUGCAUAUAUUUCAGAGGCGGCCUUGCAUUUGAAGCUACCAACAAGAGCCUUAUUUUCAAUAUCCAUCCUGUUCUCAUGCUCAUAGGCUACAUUUUUGUUGCAAGUGAAGCUAUUCUUGUUUACAAGGUCCUUCCAAUACCAAAAUUCUACCAAAAAGUGGUACAUCUAUCCCUACAUCUGAUUGCUUUGGUAUUAGGAGCUGUUGGCAUAUAUGCUGCUUUCAAAUACCACAAUGAAAGUGGAAUUGUGAAUCUAUACAGCUGGCAUUCAUGGCUGGGCCUUGGUACCAUUUGUUUAUUUGCUAUACAGUGGCUGGUUGGAUUCUUCUCUUUCUUCUUUCCCGGUGCACCAGAUUCUGUGAGGGGUAGUUUACUCCCUUGGCAUGUGUUGUUUGGUCUUUUGGUAUAUCUUUUUGCAAUAGCAGCAGCAGAGCUUGGGUUUUUGGAGAAGCUUACUUUUCUUGAGAGUUCAGGGUUGUACAAAUAUGGUUCUGAAGCCAUGUUAGUGAAUUUUACUGCACUGGCUGUACUUAUAUUUGCAGUUUUUGUUAUUCUUUCUGCCAUCUUACCAGCCGAAGAAGAACCAGAAGGGUACACUACAAUAGAGACUGCAGCACCCUAAAGUACUAUGCUCAUUGCUUUCAGAUUGUUGAUUUCACUUAUAAUAAUUGUGAUCCAUUAUUAUUUUCAAUUUAAAUCUUAGAAAUACAUUUUAGAAUGUACAGUGGAAGUUGUAGCAUAAUACUUCAUUUAAUUUAAUAUAUAUAUAUUUGCAGUGUGAACGAUAAAGAAAACAUGAAGAGUUCUCAUGACAUUUCUUUAGCUAAAAUAUAGCUGCAAUGGUUGUCUUCUUUUUA